AUGCAGGCGAUAGUAUUCAAGGGUCCGUUGGAGGUUGCUCUGGAAAACCGGCCAGUACCAAAAAUCCAGGACCCAACGGACGUUGUCCUCAAAGUCAGAUACACAGCGCUAUGUGGAAGUGAGCUUCAUGUCUUCCGGGGUCACCAGGCUUCUCGCACGGAAUUCGUCAUGGGCCAUGAGUUCACUGGAAAGGUCGUAGAGACCGGCUCCAGUGUGACACAAUUCAAAAGCGGAGAUCACGUGGUAUCACCUUUUACUGCGAGCUGUGGCGCAUGCUUCUUUUGUGAGCAUGGAUCGUCUUCCAGGUGUGCUCAGGGUGCGCUAUUCGGGACAACAGCACUGGAUGGCGGACAGGCCGAAUAUGUUCGCAUCCCGCUGGCAGAUUCCACUCUGUUCCCCAUACCUGCCACGAUCGACGAGAAGAAACUUGUUUUGAUGGCGGAUAUCUUUCCUACGGGUUACUUUGCUGCAUCAAAUGCAUUUUCAAAGCUCACCCCUAGUGAAAUUGCGGAGAGCACAGUGCUCCUUUUUGGCUGCGGCCCCGUCGGCCUCUGUGCGUUGGUAAGCGCCUUGGAAUAUAAGCCCAAAAAUCUGAUAGCGAUCGAUAAAGUACCUUCAAGACUAGAGACUGCACGGUCUCUAGGUGCAGAAGCUUGGAAUUAUGAAGAAGGUCUGGACAAGCUGAAGGAAAGGGUGAAAUCUCUGACGGACAACCGUGGAGCUGACGUGGUGAUUGAAAUUGUUGGACACAGUAGUGCUUUGAGAAUGGGAUUCGAGCUACUGAGACCAUGGGGGAAUAUCUCCAGUGUUGGUGUGCAUAAUGGGGAAAUUCCUUGGACUGGGAAUGAAGCAUACGGGAAGAAUCUGCGGUUGCAGAUGGGACGCUGCCCUGUUCGAAGUAUUUUUGGUGAAGCUAUGGCGCUUUUCAACAAGAAGCAAGACUCUCUGAGUUUUAUGACUGAGGAUAUUCGCCCGCUCUCUCAAGCUACUAAGGCAUAUGCGGAUUUUAAUGCGAUGCGCACGCAGAAGGUUAUCUUUGAAGUUGAUGUGAGCGAUAAUACCCACGAUAUACAUAGACUAUAG